AGCGCGAGCCCUCCACCCGGCGGCCCUUCUCCCCUCAGCCGCCGCCUCUAUAGUCACUUCCGGUUGGUUGCCAGGGGUGCCGGAGUCAACUUCCGGCAGCUGAGGACUAGGAUAGAAAGCGAAGAACGGGCCGGGGCGGCGGCGGCAGCGGCGGCGCUGGUCUCGAGAUGCCGGGGAAGGACCUCUACCGGCGCAAGCAGAGUCAAAUUGGAAUUCGAACUUCAAAAUCAACUCUAAGGAGAAGGGAUGAAGAAGGUGGUGUUGAAGUGGGUGAGGGUGCUGAUGAAUGGGGACAAGCCAAGUCAUUAAUCAAGCCCCCAGACCAGCUGGAGCUGACUGAUGCAGAACUGAAAGAGGAAAUAACCCGCAUCCUGAGAGCCAAUAACCCCCAUGCUCCACAGAACAUCGUCAGGUACAGUUUUAAAGAGAGAGCCUACAAGCAAACCUCCGUGGUGGAGCAGACGGCAGUUCACUUCUCUCUGUACGGGAACCUGGUCUUCAAAGAUUCGGAUGAGGGCCGGAGGCAGAGCAUGAAGGUCGGUUCAUCUGCUGUGCCUCCUGUUUCAUCUCUCGUUCUGGACUUUGAUGCUCUGGAUGAGGAGCUUAAAGAAGCCGAAGGGGAAACAGAAGAAACAGAGGCAGAAGCAGGAGGAAAAGAGAAAGUGGAUCAGCCGGACCCUGGCGGAAUCCCGGUAGCCCCCUGUGCUCCCCCGGUGGCCUGGAGACAAGCGGAAUCCCCCCUCCUGAAUGAAGCGGUGGGCAGCUGCAGCAGAGGUCUCCAGCGGCGGCAGCGGCAUACCUGGGUGGGCCUGAGUAGACCUCCUGUGGACCCUGGAGGACCCCAGUGGAUCACGAUAGUCCCCUGUGCUCCCCUGGUGGCCCCUGGAUAUCUAUGGAUGGGCUGGACGGCGCCCCGCAACGGCAGCCCUUGUAACAGACUGAAACCUGUUGGGGCUGUAGCCCAGGAAGAAAAGGAGGAAGAAGCUCAUCCUCGAGGAGUGCAAGAACGAAAGCUGACCAACAAGUUUAAUUUCAGUGAGAGAGCCUCCCAGACCUACAAUAACCCUGUGCGGGACAGGGCCUGCCAGAUGGAGCCCCCACCCAGAGCAACGUUCUCGGACACUGCCAACCAGUGGAAGAUCUACGAUGCUUAUGUGGAAGAACUCCAAAAGCUGGAAAAGUCAAAGGAGAAAGAAAAACAAAAAGCCCCAGUGGCCAAGAAAGAAGACAAGAUGAUGGGAAGGAAACUGACUUCUCUAGAAUCCCAGAGUGAUGACAUCAACAAAGUGGCAAAGGCUGCGAAGAUUGUGGAGCGGAUGGUCAAUCAGAACACCUUUGAUGAUAUUGCUCAAGAUUUCAAGUACUUUGAAGAUGCGUCCGACGAAUAUAGAGAUAACAUGGGGACCCUUCUCCCUCUGUGGAAGUUUCAGUUUGACAAAGCCAAGAGGCUGGCCGUCACUGCCCUCUGCUGGAACCCCAAAUACAAAGACUUGUUUGUCGUUGGACACGGCUCUUAUGACUUCAUGAAACAGAGCCGUGGGAUGCUCCUGCUGUACUCCUUGAAGAACCCCUCCUUCCCCGAGUACAUCUUCAGCAGCGAGAGUGGCAUCAUGUGCUUCGACAUCCACAUCGACCACCCCUAUCUGAUUGUGGUGGGCUUCUAUGAUGGCAACGUGGCCAUCUACAACCUGCAGAAACCCGCUGCCAUGCAGCCGGGCUACAAAAGCAGCGCCAUGUCUGGCAAGCACAGUGACCCCGUCUGGCAGGUCAAGUGGCAAAAAGAUGAUAUGGACAAUAAUUUGAAUUUCUUCUCUGUCUCUUCGGAUGGCCGCAUUGUCUCCUGGACCUUAGUUAAGAAUGAGCUGGUUCAUACGGAUAUCAUUAAGCUACUGGUUGAAGGAACUACAAUGGAAGGGCCAGAGGGGCUGCAGCUGUUCACCAUUGGAUGUGGCACUUCAUUUGAUUUUCACAAGAAGAUUGAUUAUCUGUUCCUUGUGGGUACUGAGGAAGGCAAAAUCUACAAGUGCUCAAAGUCCUACUCGAGCCAGUUCCUGGACAUCUUUCAUGCUCACCACAUGGCUGUUGAUGCCAUCAGCUGGAACCCCUUCCACAGCAAGGUCUUCAUUUCCUGCAGCUCAGACUGGACGGUGAAGAUCUGGGAUCACACCAUCAAGACUCCCAUGUUUAUCUAUGACCUGAAUUCUGCUGUUGGCGAUGUGGCCUGGGCACCUUAUUCCUCCACUGUCUUUGCUGCUGUAACCACUGAUGGGAAGACCUACAUCUUUGACUUAAGUGUCAACAAAUAUGAACCUAUUUGCCACCAGCCAGUGGUAGCCAAGAAGCGAAACAAAAUCACCCAUGUCCAGUUCAAUGCCGUCUACCCCAUCAUCAUCGUUGGUGAUGACCGUGGCCAUAUCACCUGCCUGAAACUCUCUCCCAAUCUCCGCAAGAUGCCCAAGGAGAAAAAGGGCCAAGAGGUGCAGAAAGGGCCCGAGGUGGAGAUUUUAAAGCUGGACAAACUGCUCAACUUGGUGAGGGAACCAGCCAAGGCUGGCAAGUGAGGAGUCCGUGGGCAGGACGCCAACACGCACCUCUCCCCUGCGGUGGGGAAGCCCCCCGAGUCCAGGAGCAAGAACGCUUCGUCCGGGAC